AUGAACGUUCAUCAAGCAGUCGAGGUCUACACUCAGGGCACCAAGGCUUGGUUUGAAGAUGAUAGAGAAGCUUGGGUAUCCACCACCUGUGUCUCAAAUACCAUUCAGGGCGAGAAUAUUCGUAUAGUGUUUCAGAGUGAUAAUGACGAAAGAGAAUAUGUAUUUGAAUCUACUUUGAAGGAAGUCGAAAAGAACAGCGGAUCAAAAUUACCACCACUUCGAAAUCCACCAAAGAUGGAAUAUACGGAUGAUCUGACAAACCUCAGUUAUUUGAACGAACCCGCAGUUUUGAAUACGAUCCGUACUCGUUAUAUGCAAAGAUUGAUCUACACCUACUCUGGUAUCGUCUUGAUUGCUGUGAAUCCUUUUGAUCGUGUGGCCCUGUAUGAUCCCGACAUCGUUCAGCAAUAUUCAGGCAGAAGACGAGGUGAACUCGAACCCCAUUUGUUCGCCAUCGCCGAGGAUGCUUAUCGUUGUAUGAUCCGCGAGCAGGUAAACCAAACGAUCGUCGUCUCGGGCGAGAGUGGUGCUGGUAAAACUGUGAGUGCAAAGUACAUUAUGCGGUAUUUCGCCACGGCGGAUGAUCAGGAGCUGCAAGGCAAGAAACAGAAAUCCAACGGUGGCAUGACAGAAGUCGAAGAGCAGAUUUUAGCUACUAAUCCCAUCAUGGAAGCAUUCGGUAACGCCAAAACAACUCGAAACGACAACUCGUCUAGAUUUGGUAAAUACAUUGAAAUCCAGUUUGAUGAUGGUGCCAAUAUCGUAGGUGCAAAGAUCAGAACCUACUUAUUGGAGCGCUCUCGUUUGAUCUAUCAACCUGAAAUUGAAAGAAACUAUCACAUUUUCUACCAGCUUUGUGCAGGUAUCCCUCUAUCAGAGAAAAAGGAGUUCGAACUUGGUGAUUAUAGCCAAUUUCAUUAUUUGAAUCAAAGUGGUACGGGUGUCAUUCCUGGUGUGGAUGAUGCUGCUGAAUUCGAAACCACACAGAGAGCAUUGUCCACGAUCGGUCUCUCGGUACAGUUGCAAUGGAAGAUCUUUCGAUUGCUGGCAGCCUUAUUGCACUUGGGUAACAUUACCAUCACCGGCCGUGGCGACGCCAUGUUGUCUGAAACAGAUAGCGCCCUGUUGACCACCACUCGCUUGCUUGGUAUCAAAACGGCUGAUUUCAGAAAGUGGAUUGUUCGUAAACAAAUUGUCACUCGGUCUGAAAAGAUUGUUACAAAUCUCAGUCCCGCUCAGGCACAUGUUGUGAAGGACUCAGUAGCCAAGUAUGUGUACGCUAAUCUGUUCGAAUGGCUUGUUUCGGUCACCAAUGAAAGUCUAUCCUGUCCUGAUCCAUCUCAGGUGGCCAACUUUAUCGGUGUUCUUGAUAUCUAUGGUUUCGAGCAUUUCAAAAAGAACUCGUUCGAACAAUUCUGUAUCAACUACGCCAACGAAAAACUACAGCAGCAAUUCAACCAACAUGUGUUUAAAUUGGAGCAAGAGGAAUAUGUCAGAGAGAAGAUCAACUGGACUUUUAUUGAAUUCAGCGAUAAUCAAAAGUGUAUCGAGCUAAUUGAAGGAAAACUGGGUAUCUUGUCACUGUUGGAUGAGGAAUCUCGUCUGCCUUCUGGUUCAGAUCAAGGCUUUGUGCAAAAACUGUACUCCAACUUUGAAGGGCCAAACUUCAAAAACUACUUCAAAAAGCCUCGUUUCUCCAACAAUGCCUUUACAAUUGCCCAUUAUGCACUGGAUGUGCAAUACGAGGCCGAGAGUUUCAUUGAUAAGAACAAGGAUACUGUACCUGAUGAGCAUUUAGCGCUCUUGCAAGGCUCCGAAUUCGAUUUCUUGGUUGAAGUGUUGGAUAGAGCAGCUGCUAGUAACCCUAGCCCCACUCCCGAGAACAACAAGCGUAUGAGUAUGAUUGCAAGGAAACCCACGCUUGGUUCCAUCUUUAAGCUAUCGCUGAUCAACCUCAUGGAGACGAUUGGCGGUACUAAUGUCCAUUACAUUCGUUGUAUCAAACCCAACGAAGCCAAGGUAGCAUGGGAGUUUGAUCCUAGCAUGGUGCUGUCACAACUGCGUGCUUGUGGUGUGCUUGAAACGAUUCGUAUCAGUUGUGCAGGUUACCCAUCUCGAUGGACAUUUGAAGAAUUUGCUGACCGAUACUUUGCUCUUGUAUCUUCCAAACAUUGGGAUCCCAAGAUCAAGCCUGAGGUCAGACAACUGUGUUCAGUGAUUCUUGAAAACUCGAUCAAAGAUGAAGACAAGUUCCAGGUGGGUACCACCAAAAUCUUUUUCCGUGCUGGCCAACUCGCCUACUUGGAAAAGUUGAGAUCUGAUCGCUUUAACGAAUGUGCAGUGACUUUGCAAAAGCACAUGAGACGUUUCAUCUAUCGUACUCGCUAUGUUCGCACCAAAGAGCUGGCUAUUCAAAUCCAAUGUGUGGCUCGUCGCAAGGUAGCACUCGCUCAAAUGCAAGCAUUACGCGAAGAGAAGGCUGCUAUCGUGAUUCAAAAGCACUGGCGUAGAUACACUGCUCGCAAAGAGUUCCUGUCCAAACAAUCGUUCAUCCUCAAACUACAGACUGCCAGCCGUUCCUACUUGGCCAGACGUGAUCAUGUCGCUUUACGCGAGCACCAUGCAGCUGUUCAAAUCCAAAAGCUGGUGCGAGGCUGGUUUGCAAGAAAGAGCUACAAGGCCAAACGAGAAUUUGUCAUUCAUAUUCAAUCCUGCAUUCGUCGCAACAUGGCUCGUAAACAGCUGUUUGCUCUGAGAACCGAAGCUCGUUCUGUCAGUCAUUUCAAGGAAGUUUCUUAUGCUCUCGAGAACAAGGUCGUGGAACUGACGCAAUCCUUGACAGCGGUCCGUGACGAAAAGAAGCUGGCACACGAGCGCUCUCUGCAGCUGGAAGCUCAAAUCAAGAACUGGAUCGACAAGUAUGAAAAGAUGGAGCGUCGUGCGAAGAACCUGGAUGAAAGACUGCAAGAACCCACUGUGCCUCAAGCCCAACAUGACGCUCUGCAAGCUGAAUUGACUGCCAUUACGGCUGAACACCGUGUUGCAAAUGAAAAGAUUAAGAGCAUGGAUCGGGAGAUGACCCAGAUCAAAAGUCAAUUAGAGGCUGAACAAGCAGAGAAUGCUUCGUUACGUAAGAAUCUAGAAGAGGCUGAUGAGCGUGCCAAGCAUGCUACAGAUGAAACAGAAGUAGCAGAACUUCGAAGUCAAUUGGCCGCACUCAAGGUUCAAUUGUCACAAGCCCUCCAUGCUCCCCGAAGACAAGGAUCCAAUAACACCUUGCGUGGUCUCUCACCUGCACCUGGCAUGCGCAACAUCUCUCCAUCACAGCAUUCAUUAGAUCCAGAAUCCGCAUCUCGUCAUAGAAGCCGUUCACCUGCACCACCACAAGCAGUUAGCAGCAAUAGCCCCAGUUUGCCCAUGCCCAAUCACCGCCGUCCUCGCCGCAACAGUUCUGCUGAUAUGGCUAACGGGAGUCGUCUCAAAAACUCGAUUGAUAACAUUCGCAAUGCUGAAAACCUUAGCAAGAAUCCUCGUCCCACCUCUAUUGAUCAUGUUGGCGCGCUCAUGGCAAACAAAUCGGGCGGAGGACUGGCAGGUGCCAUUGAUGAGAGUCCUGAAGACGAGAUCCAUGCUCUUUUACGCAAUGAAGAAGCUCUUCAGGAAGAGAUUUUACAAGGACUGAUCAAAUCAGUAAAGAUGCCUUUACCCACGCUGCAAAACCCACCAUCCCAAAAGGAGAUAUUGUUCCCUGCUCAUACCAUCAGCGUCUGUGUGAAUGAAAUGUGGCACUUGGGCUACAUUCAGGAAUCCGAGAGACUCUUGUUUAAUGUGAUGGAUACCAUUCAAAAGCAGUUUUUGAGCUUUACGGAUGAAGAUGCCGUGGUGCCAUGUACCUUCUGGUUGACCAAUGUCCACGAAUUGCUGUCCUUGAUCUGUAUUGCGCAUGUCGAGAUUGAUCAGGAAUUGUUCCAAGAUAAACGCAAGGCUGUUGGACGACAUGAUUUCGGUAAACUCAUGGAGACCAUCAAAUUCGAGAUGCAGUGUUUGGAGGACAAUAUUUUCCAUGCUUGGAUGAAGGAGAUCAAGAAGCAUCUGGUCAAGAUGGUGAUUCCAGCUGUGGUAGAGGGACAAUCGCUGCCAGGCUUCAUUACAAGCGAUAAUGGCCGUUUCUUUAACAAGCUCCUGAUUGGGUCUUCGCAGCCAAGCUAUUCAAUGGAUGACCUCCUAAACUUUUUAAACAAGGUUUGGCGUACAAUGAAGUGCUACUACAUUGAACAGUCUGUUGCUACACAAGCUUUGACGGAAUUGCUCAAGCUGAUUGGUGUCACUGCAUUCAACGACUUGCUCAUGAGAAAGAACUUUUGCUCUUGGAAGCGAGCAAUGCAAAUUCAGUAUAAUAUCACGCGAAUUGAGGAGUGGUGCAAGAGCCAUGACAUCCCAGAAGGAGCACUUCAAUUGGAACAUUUGAUGCAAACCACCAAGCUGCUUCAAUUCAAAAAGGCGACGCUGGAAGAUAUCGAGAACAUUUACGACGUUUGCUGGAUCUUGUCACCUACACAGAUCCAAAAGCUGAUUUCGCAAUACUAUACUGCUGAUUAUGAGAACCCUAUCAAACCUGAAAUCUUGAAAGCAGUAGCAUCGCAUGUCGUCAGUGGAGAUAAGAGUGAUGUGCUAUUAUUGGAUUCUGUCUCAAUUGAGAAUACUUCUAAUCCGUUUGAGGUACCUGUUCCAAGGGAUACCAAAUCAGAGAUAUAUUUACCAUCUUGGCUUAAUCUUAAACGCCUCCGUCGCUUGACAACAUUGAUCCAGCAAACAAGCAACGAGACCGCAACACCAAGUGCUUAA